GUCUGUUUUCAAGAUCAUAAGCGCGGGGGUGCGCUGGCGUUACUGGUCGCCGUUUUGCGGUGUGUAAGUUGCCUAGCAGCUUUAAGCAGCACAUUUUCAAUCGGUUCCGAAGCUUACAAUCUGCACCCGACAACACAACAAUUGGGGUCGAGCCGCGCUGCUACCGUGCUGCCGCGAACAGCGGUGCGGCUCAGCGGUGAACUUCAGCCUGCGUGGUCGGCCGACAGGUGGCGACAUGGACGCUCCGGACGUGCUGGUGGGCAGCAGCUACCUCGUGCAGCGCGCCGACCACCAGUGGCACUCAGCCGUCGUGCUGCAGCAGCGGGCGGCCGGCCCUAGCGGCGACCUCGAAUACUACGUGCACUACGACGGCCACAACCGGCGCCUGGACGAGUGGGUCACGGCCGGCCGGCUCAGACGGCGCGAGAGCCAGCCGGGGCCGGGCCAGGAGCGGACCGCCUCCUCGGACCCGCUGCUCGAGUCGGACCGCAAGAUCACGCGCAACCAGAAGCGCAAGCACGACGAGAUCAACCACGUACAGAAGAGCUAUGAUGAGAUGGACCCGACCACAGCCGCGCUGGAGAAGGAGCAUGAGACCAUCACCAAGGUCAAGUACAUCGACAAAAUACAGAUCGGCAAGUACGAAAUCGACACAUGGUACUUUUCGCCGUACCCGGACGAGUACAUGAAGCAGUCCAAACUGUACAUCUGCGAGUACUGCCUCAAGUACAUGAAACAAGAGAACAGCUAUCGCUUUCACUCGGGCGACUGCAGCUGGCGCCAGCCGCCCGGCCGCGAGAUCUACCGCAAGGGCACGCUCUCCGUAUACGAGGUGGAUGGCGCUGACCACAAGGUUUAUGGUCAGAACCUGUGCCUGCUGGCCAAGCUGUUCCUCGACCACAAGACGCUGUACUUCGACGUGGAGCCUUUCCUCUUCUACAUCCUGUGCGAGAUCGACCGGCAGGGCGCCCACGUGGUCGGCUACUUCUCCAAGGAGAAGGAGUCGCUGGAGGGCAACAACGUGGCAUGCAUCCUCGUCCUGCCGCCUUACCAGCGCAAAGGCUACGGCAAGCUGCUGAUCGCCUUCAGCUAUGAGCUCAGUAAGCAGGAAGGCGUCUGCGGCAGUCCUGAGAAGCCGCUCUCCGACCUGGGCAAGCUCAGCUACCGCUCCUACUGGAGCUGGGCGCUGCUGGAGGUGCUCUACGAGUACAGGGACAUCGCCAACCUCAGCAUCCUCAGUGACAUCACUUCCAUCGCGCUGCCGGACGUCAUCACGUCGCUGCAGUCGCUCAACAUGCUCAAAUACUGGAAAGGCCAGCACGUGCUGUGUGUGACGCCGAAGCUGAUCGAGGACCACAUCCGGUCGGACGAAUUCCGCCGGCCCCGUCUCUCCGUCGACACCGGCUGUCUCAGGUGGGUGCCACCCAAGCGACUGCCUCGGAGAAAGUAGCAGGCGUCGGUGUCGGCGGCCCUCGCGGUGCGGCCGCUACGACAACGGAGUCGUUCCUGCGCCGCUUAACGGAGUCACUUCGGGGCGGUGCGGAUAGGCGGCGAGUCGGUUACCUGACUCCCCGACUCGCCGCGGUACGCUGCUGUCUGUGGGUCCGUCGCUGUGUUUAUAUCGGAGUCACUGGGCUGUCACGCGACUCUGACUUGCGACAGUGAGUCACUGGCGCGAGCCAGAGUCGUCCCCCGCUCGUUGUCACGAGUUAUUGUCAUUUCAUUGUCUUGUCAUGCGACGGUCAUUGCAUAAAUACAUCCCACCGUGUCAUG